AUUAUAUGUUCAGGUUUAUAGUUUAUCCUGCAUUAUUUAAUUCGUCGUUUAUAAUUUUACUUAGGCUUAUGUCUGGAGCUUCUGCAUGCAUCUUUUGUUGCCAAAAAUAUACCAAAGUUAAUGUCGAAAAGUGUCUAGAAAGAAUAGAGGAAAUGGAGGAAGUGGAAAUCUGCUAUAUUAUCAAUUCCCGUUGCCCUCUUCUCCAAUGUACUAAUCGCAUAUACGGAAAGCCAGGCAAGUACCGUUUGUACUGAUCAAAUAACGAAGAAGCAAGCAAAAAUACAUUUAUUGGUAAUCAGUGUUUGUGAUUUACAGAUAAAAUACGAUAAAAUAGAAAUAAAAAAUUAAAAAAAAAAGAAGUAAUACAAAAAAGGGA